AUGUGUCCAGACCACACGGAUGUCCGCCCCUUCAACGAGCAAGAGACCGACGUCGUGCUGCAAAGCACCCUCCGAGGCCCCUUCCACAGCCCUCCCGUUCCCGCAGAAAUGCUCGACGCCAUGUCGCCAACGUCCUACGCCUCACCCAACUCCCAGGUGUUUCCCAACCUCGCCAUUGGAUCGCCCGGCCUAUGGACGGCCGAGAAUUCUCCCCACGCGGCCAUAUUCCCGUACAUGAUGAACGAGGCCGGGGAGCAUCUGCCCAUCUCUCAGUACACAAACUGCAGGGCCGAUGCUGGCGUGGACCAGAUCAACGGCUUCGUCUUCGUCUGUGACACUGGCGUGGAGGAGCUGCAGAGCCCUCAGGGACGCUACCUUUACAAGGACUGCAAGAAAUACGGCUCAGGAGCUCAGGUCAACGGCGUUGAGAUUGUGGUGCACGGCUCCAUCAGGAGAGCUCCAGCACCGCCCGCCCUUCCCGGCCGAUGGGAUGGGAUGGAUAUGCUCACUGCAGAAGGCAGAGAUGUCAAGGGGGCAUAUCGGAAUCAAAUUAACGGGGGGAGGAUCCGGCCGAUGAAGAGGGCCGAUAUGGGGAUGCCAUCUGGCAGUGCCCACUGA